GAGUCGGGGAGAACAAAGGACGAACAGAGUGUGAUCAGCUGGGUAGCAAAGAUCAAAAUCAGUGGCUUAUAUUCCAGGUCAUAAUUGAAAGAGAGUAGUCUUGCAGACCAUCUAGCAAUACGAUAUCCUGCUCUUCUCAGUCCUUUCAUGGUGAGCAAUGUUGUCAAGGGCUGUGAUCUGUGUGCAACUUGAAUGUGCGACCCCACAGUGUGAACUGUUUAGCAUGGAAUCAACAACUUCAAGCUGCAUUUCACCAGGGCCAGGCGUAGCCAGCUUGCCUAAUAAUGCCAUAGUCAGAGCUACAGGGACACCUCUGCAAGAACUGCCAAAGAACCAGGAAUCUGCCCUAAGACCUUUAACAACAAUGCCAACGCAAAACAGCACAAGAGUGCAGAUGAGUCCAAAGCUCGUAUACGUCAAGCCAAAGGACAAAACAAAAGAUCCUGGGUUUCCAGUUUCCAAACCUGAUGUCAUCUCCCAGCAGGAACGAAGGGAAGAGCUGUUUUCCCCAGAUCUCCAGACCUCAGUAGAAAGAGAGCUCCUGAGAGGCAAGAGUACAGAUGAUGGGAUGGUGAAUGAGACUGUGGAGCAGAAUCCCCAGCAGGAAGAUGAUGAGAAAGUGGAAUCACAUGAGGUGUUACUGCAAAGAUGCAAAGGGAGUGUGUCCAGGAGUUGUGAGCAGGAAAAAACCUGUAAGAGUCAGUACUGGCCAGCGAAGCAGCAGGGAAACCAGCCAACACAGAAAAUUGGUCAAUCUGUUAAUUAUCAGGGAACUCAGAAAUGCCACAAGAAAACCAUGGCCCAGCAGAUUAUCCUCAUGGGUGAGAGAAAUAACACAUGCGCUGAGUGUGGUAAAAAGUUUAAUAGGCUCCCACUCCUGAUUAUCCAUCAGAGAAUCCACACAGGGGAAAAACCCUAUCGAUGCUGUGAGUGUGGGAAAACCUUUGCUCAGAGCUCAGCUCUUAUUCAACAUCAGAGACUCCACACUGGGGAGAAACCCUAUCAGUGCUGUGAGUGCGGGAAAACCUUCACUCAGAGCUCAGCUCUUAUUCAACAUCAGAGACUCCACACUGGGGAGAAACCCUAUCAGUGCUGUGAGUGUGGGAAAACCUUUGCUCAGAGCUCAGCUCUUAUUCAACAUCAGAGACUCCACACUGGGGAGAAACCCUAUCAGUGCUGUGAGUGUGGGAAAACCUUUGCUCAGAGCUCAGCUCUUAUUCAACAUCAGAGACUCCACACUGGGGAGAAACCCUAUCAGUGCUGUGAGUGUGGGAAAACCUUUGCUCAGAGCUCAGCUCUUAUUCAACAUCAGAGAAUCCACACAGGGGAGAAACCUUAUCACUGUGAGUGCGGGAAAACCUUCAAUCAGAGCUCAAGCCUUAUGAAACAUCAGAGAAUCCACACAGGAGAGAAACCAUAUGGAUGCUGUGAGUGUGGGAAAUCCUUCACUGAGCAGUCAAGCCUUAUUAAACAUCAGAGAAUCCACACAGGAGAGAAACCCUAUCGAUGCUGGGAGUGUGGGAAAUCUUUCUCUCGGAGUUUAUCCUUUAUUCAACAUCAGAGAAUCCACACUGGGGAGAAACCAUAUGAAUGCUACGAGUGCGGGAAAACCUUCACGCAGAGCUCAAACCUUAUUAGCCAUCAGAGGAUCCACACAAAGGAGAAACUCUAUGAAUGCUUUGAGUGUGGGAAAAUGUUCACUGAUCGUUCACACCUUAUUAGCCAUCAGAGGAUCCACACAGGGAAGAAACUCUAUGAAUGCUUUGAGUGCGGGAAAACAUUCACUGGUACUUCAAACCUUGUUAGCCAUCAGAGGAUCCACACGGGGGAGAAACCCUAUCGAUGCUGUGAGUGUGGGAAAAGCUUCUAUCGGAACUCAGCUCUUUUUCAACAUCAGAGAAUCCACACUGGGGAGAAACCCUAUCGAUGCUGUGAGUGUGGGAAAAGCUUCUCUCGGAGUUCUGCUCUUAUUCAACAUCAGAAUAUCCACACAGGGGAGAAACCCUAUCGAUGCUGUGAGUGUGGGAAAACCUUUGCUCAGAGCUCAGCCCUUGUUACACAUCAGAGGAUCCACACAAGAGAGUGACCCUAUGAAUGUGAUGAAUAUGCCAGGUUCUUAUAUCAGAACUCAGGCUUUAUUUAGCAUUAGAGAUGCUGCAAGGGAGCUGGGAGACCAUACAAACCCUGUCUAGAGCUGAGAAAAGAUUGUUUUGCUUUUGCUGAUUCCCACAUAGUAAAAUUUAAGGCCUCAUUUGUGUCCCUGUGAUCUUUCAGUUCCCCCAGCUGAGUUGUCUGCUUUUCUCUUCUGUAGCACAUCCUGUCUUGGGGAAAAGCUCACAGUCUUCAUGAUCAUCUGCUUUGUUCUAUGUCAUGGAAGUGUGUCCCUCAAACAAGAACAACAGGGAGUCCAGUGGCACCUUAAAGACUAACAGAUUUAUCUGGCUAUAUGUCAGACACAAAGUGGG